AUGAAUCCACGUUUGCCCUUCGAUGAUGUUGCCUGGGAAAAAAGCGACCAGAUCGAAGACUCCUGGCUAGAUCUUCUCUUCAAUGAAGACAUCUACAAUGAGAUUGGAAUUUUUCUUGCAGAAAAUCAUUGCCCUCGCCAAUGGGCCGAUUUCAAAUUUCUUAAAUGCGGUGGUUUUAACGCUAGCUUCCUCAUAACGUUCACCGAUACCGAUACUGGCGGCGCUGUUUUAAGACUCCCACUGCCUGGCGUUCAUAUGUUUCCCGAGGAAAAAGUUCGUAAUGAGGCCUCUAUCAUGCAAUUUAUCACGGAAAGAACUUCAAAAACAAUGCCGAUUCCAGUACCUUUGGUCUCCCGCUGGGGAGAGAGAAACGAGAGCCCCUCAAAUUUAGGUCCCUUUAUAAUCAUGGGCUAUAUUGACCACGAGAGGAGUAUAUCCGAUCUUCUUGAGACGCCGGGACGCCAAUCAAAACAACGUCCAGAACUAAACCCGGAUAUCAGCACAAUUAAGCUAAAAGCUCUCUAUCGAGAACUAGCCAAUAUUGUCUUUUCUCUGUCUAUAUUAUCCGCGAACCGGAUUGGAUCUCUGAAACAGACCGGCAAAUUAGCGUGGGAAGUGACUCGGCUGACGACUGCCGGCUGCGACGACUUUCGACCACAGAAUAUUAUAGUCGAUAAAGCUGAAAAGGUCGUUGGGGUGGUGGAUUGGGAGUUUACGUAUACCGCCCCAGUUGAAUUUACUUAUACUCCACCCUGGUGGCUUCUUCUCGAAAAGCCGGAAUAUUGGACUAAAGGCCUUGAUAACUGGUGUGCAAAAUACGAGAGACGGCUUCAGAUCUUCCUUCAGGCAAUGAUAGAUUGCGAAGAGGACGCGUACCAGACUCGGAACGAACGACUCGAAGAAAACCAGCGACUCUCUAGUCGGAUGCGACAAAGCUGGGAGAGCGGAGACUUUUGGAUUAUAUAUGCUGCAAGGAACAAUUUUGCCUUUGACGCCAUCUAUUGGAAUAAGAUUGAUCGGCGAUUUUUCGGGUCCAAUAAAUCUGACAACAAUAUAUGCGAUGCAUGGAAGAAAAGACUUCAUCUCUUGGAGCCUGAAGAAAAGGAAAGCAUGGAUAAAUAUGUGGAUUUGAAGCUUCAGGAGAAUAAGACAAGGCUUCUCUCUUGGGACCCAGAUCAGUAUACCCUGGAUUAUAUGGCCAAGAUGGAAGCAUGA